UCCAGCCCAGUUGAUUCAAAGGCAGAAGUUAAAAUGAAACCUACAAGUGAAGGUACUAAUUUUAAUAUAGCAACAGAUUCUUCAGAUAACAGUUUUAUUGUUACUGGUACACUUGAUUCUUCUUCUCCUGAGAACCAUCUAGAAGGUGAAGUUGAAUAUAUGGAUGCAGAAAUAGUGAAAAAGGGUGAAAUUCAAAGUUACCUUUUUUCUGAAGAGAGCUCAAUUUCACCUCCUGCAACUCCCUCUAGCAUAAGUUCUGCCACUUUAACCAAGAACACUCAAGCAGAACCUAAGUUUUCGGAUUGGACCAAGUUUCCUCUGCAGACUAGAAAUGAAUCAGAGAAACGGUCAGAAAUCUCAAAACUUGAUACUCAGUUAUCGUCUUAUCAAGGUAUCUUGUCAACUUUUGGAAACAGCGAUAAAUCCUCGGAAAAUCUAACAGGAAAAUCAACUUCUCCAGAUACUUCAAAUCUGCAGGGCUUAGUGGACAAAAUAGAAACUAGUGUUACCGUGGAUCACAAUGAAUGUUCAGUAUGCCACCAAGCGUUUAGCAAUAAAAGUGCGUUAAAAAUGCAUUAUAGUAUUCAUGUUGAUGAACACCCCUUUAAGUGUAAAUUGUGUGGGUCAACUUACCCUGAUGAAGAAACCCUGAGGACACACAUGAUGAUACAUACGGUCAGACCAGAUGAAAGAAUGUCUGUUAAAUGGAAAAACAAUGAUUCCUAUCCAGAGGACGUGAAAAACGUAAUGACAAGGUUGUCUACAGCUACUAGUGAUGAUCAGCAAAUAAUUUCAAUCCAUUCUCAAAGUCUGGCAUUUUCUUUUACUAACAAGAUUUUAAGCAGCGGUAUUCCCGAAGCAUCUGGUUCUCCGCGUUCUUCACCUCGAAGUUCUGAUAAUUCAACAUCACCAAACAGUAACUCAGGCUCCAUGGAACCCUCAUCUGUUGAAAACAAUGAUGUCGAUUUUGAACGUCGGUGUUUAGAAGACAGAGAUAAUAUAACUGAUGUCUCUGUAUCCAAAACGUUACAUCUGAACUCUGAACCGUCAACUCUUCAAACCAAGGAAAUUGUCGUAUCCCAAGAAAGUCUAAAGUUUCAUACUACAUCUUUGACGGCGCUGGAGAACCACGUAAAAACAAUCAACUGGCAAAAGUCUCCUCGUAGUCCCACUGACGUGACAUCUUUGUCUAAACACAAUGCACUUUUUCCGGGGUUUCAAGCGAAAGAUCUGUUAACACUUCAAAAUGAACAUACUACUUUGUUCCCUACCAGUCUUGAUUCUAAAGUAGCAAAAAUAGAAAAUCUAGAAUCAUCCAAAAAAGAAAGACUGAGUGGUAGUUUAUUAGGAGUACCAGAAACUUUGCCAAAAGUUUCUCAACAUGUUGAUACGCUAUCAACAUCUCCAGAUUCAUCAAAACUAAAAUCGCUACCAUUAGCUACAGAGCCUGAACGAGGGGUCCUAGAUCUAACACCUAGAUCACAGGGUUUGUCCCCCGUGAUAACUCCAUCUUCUUGUGAAUCAACAUUUCCACUGCCAGCGGCUUCUUUGUCUGGACUUCCUUUCCCUCCUUCGCCAGGUUUUCAUCGAACAACUUGUGGUGUUUGUUUCAAAACAUUCGCUUGUAGCAGUGCCCUAGUCAUCCACAUUCGAAGCCACACCAAAGAGCGCCCGUUUAGAUGUAACCUUUGCAAUCGAGGAUUCACUACCAAAGGAAAUAUGAAGCAGCAUAUGCUAACUCAUAAAGUUAGCGAUAUUUCUACGCAGAACCACCCAGCAUCUUUUCCUUCCGGCGCCACAACAACCACGAGAUUACCUACAGUCAGCAAUUCUCCCCUCACCUCCAUGAAUAAAAGUACUAAACAUCUGUCAAAUGACGAUAAAAAUAAAAGACCGCAUGAAAAUGGUCAACGUCAACCAAUACCUAAGAGGUCAGCAGGAGUUUCAAAACAUGAAUGUCUCAUCUGCAACAGACCCUUUUCUAGUGGCAGUGCGCUUAAUAUUCAUAUGCGCACCCAUACAGGAGACAGGCCUUUUAAGUGUAACUUUUGUGGCAGAGCUUUCACUACAAAGGGGAACCUCAAAGUGCACAUGGGAACACACAUGUGGUCAAACAGCACAUCACGAAGGGGGCCCAACAGGGUGUCAGUGGAAUCAGCGGUUCUUAGAGCACCUCAUCCCGCGUUGUCUGGUGAAAUGUCACAGCUUCGUCCUAAUUUAUUCUUCCCUUAUUUACCACCUAUCUACAUAAACGAAUUAGUUCAGCGAAGGGAGAAUGAAAUACCCGUGAUUCAGAAUUCAGUCAGCAACAAUACUCCUCUGAACCUAAUAUCAACAAGUAGUCAAAGGACAUUGCAAACACAUUCUAGCACUGCAGAUAAUACAGGCAUUUUUACUCAUCUGCGAACAGUGCGUCCUCCUGAGGAUUCGCAGACAACUUGUCCUCCUCAGAAGCUACUAUUAGAUUUUUCUCCCCAGGUUUUACAAACGGGUUGUCCUCCUCAGAAGACACAGUUAGGUUUUCCUUCUGAGAAUUCACAAAAAGAUUGUUCAAAUCAGAAUUCGCAAUUAGCCUUUCCUUCUGAAGAUUCGCAAACAGGUUGUCCCCCUCAGAAGUCACAAUUAGGUUUUUCUUCUAAUAAGUUACAAGCAGGGUGUUCUUCUGAGCAGCGGAGAACUGAUUUUUCACCACAGAAAGUGCGAAUAUUUCCAUCUCCUGAAGAAUCAGAAAUGAUACGUCACCCUGAAGAGCUACGAGAAGGAUGUAGUGACAAAGAAUUUGGAAGAAAAGAAAACAAUCAUCACCUUGAAAGCCAGAUGGUUUUGUCGCCACCAGGGUUAGAAAGAGAGUAACAUACAUUUAUAGAAUAGAUAGAAAAAAAAGAUUCGAGGCUGAGAGUAAAGAUCCAUCAUGAUGGAUUAAAAAACUCUCUGAUUUUACACGUCAGAGGACCUUAAAUAUAUUUCUGAAACACGUGAAUCCUUAAAUUUCUGUACCUCUUAUCGGUCUGGUGGUAUCGAAUUUCAUGUUCCUAUUAAAAACUAGUCCAAUUUAGAAAAACAAUGGAUUUAUACUUCAAGGUACUUCUGUCUGAUAAUACGUUUUCUUGUAUUCUUGAGCGACUAAUAACUUUCCAUGAGCCUAAAAUUUU